AUGACUCAUAAAAAAUCUCUAGAAGCACUUGAUCGGACAUUGAAAGAUAUACGUGGCAAUGCUGGAAUAUUUGGUGGUGCAUUAAUUUUGUUGUCCGGCGAUUUUCGCCAAACAUUACCAGUGAUUCCAAGAUCAACACCGGCGGAUGAGAUCAACGCAUGCUUAAAGUCAUCGAUUUUGUGGCGACAUGUUCAAACUAUGACACUGAAUAUUAACAUGCGUGUUCAGUUGAACAAUGAUCCAUCUGCAUAUCACUUUUCAAAACAAUUGUUGGACAUCGGCAAUGGUAAAAUUCAAAGCACCAACGGAUUUAUAACGUUGCCAAACAAUUGUUGCACCAUUGUUGAAUCUCAUGAUGAACUAAUUGAUCGCGUCUUUCCAAACAUUGUUGGAAAUAUUAUGAAUCAUACUUGGUUAAGAGAACGCGCAAUACUGGCACCAAAAAAUGUUAAUGUAAAUGACAUUAAUUUUGAGAUUCAAGAAAAAUUGCCAGGUGUCGUAACAUCAUAUAAAUCAUUCGACAGCGCAAUGAAUCAAGAUGAUGCAGUAAAUUAUCCAAUUGAAUUUUUGAAUUCUUUGGAACCGCCUGGUAUGCCGCCUCAUUGCUUGAAUUUAAAGAUCGGCUCAUCCAUCAUUUUGUUACGUAAUUUAAAUGCACCAAAGCUUUGCAAUGGAACACGACUUGCAGUAAAAAAACUUAUGUUAAAUUUGAUUGAAGCCACAAUAUUGACUGGCACAGCGAAAGGUGAUGUUGUGCUUAUACCACGUAUUCCGAUAAUCCCGACUGACAUGCCUUUCGAAUUUAAGCGCUUGCAAUUUCCAGUGCGCCUGGCAUUUGCAAUGUCGAUAAAUAAAGCACAAGGGCAAACGCUUAAAGGUAAUAUGGAUGCUGAUAUGCCGGUUACACCAACGCCAACUAUACGUUCGGCUGUCAUUGUUCCACGCACUGGGGCUGCCCCCGUAGCAGUGCCCCGAACAACCACUGUAAUGUGCAUGUCACACAGAAGUGCGUGUCUGACACCAUGUGCCAGCACUGUGAGCGGUCACCGUCGCCCAUUCAUCUGCUUCCCGUAG